CCGCUCUUCCGCCCUGCAACCAGGGCUCCCAACGACGGCAGAGAGGGCGGCGGCUGAGUAAGAUGGUGGCGGCGUCGGGAACCAAUUCAUGGGCUAAAGAAAUGGUCAUCCGAAGGAGGAUAGCCAACAUAUUUAAUAAGAGGGAAGACGAUUUUCCAUCUCUUAAAGACUACAAUGACUAUUUGGAAGAAGUUGAGGAUAUGACUUCCAAUUUAGUUGAAGGAAUUGAUGUUGCUGUAAUUGAAGCUAAGAUCGCUAAAUACCAAGAAGAGAAUGCUGAACAAAUAAUUAAUGCUCGAGCACGUAAGGCUGAAGAAUUAGCAGCGGCACUAAGGGCAAGCCAAAAUCCAAGCCUGGUGGAUCCAGCUGAUGCAGGUCCUGGACCAAGUUCACAAGGGGUUGGUGUCGGCAGUCAAGGGCAAUAUGCUCCUGCUGCUGUCCCUGGUGGAUUAAUGCAACCGCGACCUACGGGUAUGGCUCCACAGCCUGUUCCUGUUGGAGCUCCAGCAGAUCCUCUGCAAGGGUAUGCAGCUGAGGAUGAAGAUACCAUGAAGCUACGAGCCGAGAGGGGGGCCCGAGCUGGAGGAUGGACAAUUGAGCUGAGCAAGAGGAGGGCAAUCGAAGAAGCCUUCAGUGGCAUAUGGGUAUGAAACAGGAACAGAAGGAAAGCUUGGUUUGGCCAUGACAAGUUGCAGAUGACCAUAUCAUCCUGAUUUACAUGUUGAACGCCAAAUGCGCUCUCCUUUUCUUCUUGUUAGUCAUUUCGCUCUGGUCCACUUCAAUUUGAUCCUGAGGAGUUACUAUGGUGAUGUUUGCUGAAAGGAAUUUUUCAUAGUGUGUGCUAGCUUCAGCAGAUGUAACAUAUUUGUAUUUCUGUAACGAAUUGUUGAAUGUUAGCCAUCUUUUUGGUACAUUGUUUUAGGCUUCUCAAUGCUCUCUUCCACUGAUGGGUUUUCA